GGAUUCUUAAUUUAAAAGUGACAUGACAUUACUGAAUAAGCCGUUAGGACUGUCAGACAUUGGAUAACUGCAAAAUUACUUGUGUAAAAUGUAAAAUAAGACUAAAUUAACAUUAUCGUAAUCAUAGAAAUUCAAUAAAAUGAAAGGCUCAGUUUGCAAGAAAUGUCCUCCAAAAACCAAGUCACGGAAGCUUUCAAAAACCACAGAUUGUAAAGAUGUAUCAGAAAUUAUUGAGGCCCUCACUUUAGAUGAGGAAAUGGCUGGUAAAAGUACAAGACAACCAUCUAGACCGCCGAAGUUUAAAAUGAAAAAAUUUAAACCGCCACAUAAUAAAGAAAGCUGUGUUCCAAUGGUUCCUUCGAUGCAUACGAGACUACGGUAUAUUGGACAUUGUUCUCUGGAGCCUUCUGUACCAAAAAACAGGAAAGGAUAUACUGGAUUCGAUUUUCCAUCAUCUUCAGAUGAAGAGGAAUUAUCUAGUGGCAUUUUAAAAACAAGAAAACUGAGCGACAAGUACAAGAAAAAAGUGCGGUAUUUCGAUUUGCUACCGGGGGAUAUAAUGUUUCCGACACCGGCUCCAAUAAUAAAGCAUUCAGCUUCUGACAAGUCUAUUUUAAAUGUACCCAGUCCUAAAACGAGUGGAGAAGUAAUUCAAGCUCAAAGAGCAUCCGUUAAACCAGGAGAGUGUAAACCUCCUUUACCCUCAAAAUCUGGAUAUGAUUUGUUCAAACCGCACAGUGGAAUUGUCAUAAACAGGGACAAGGAAUUUGUUCCUGAUGUUGUUUACAUGCCGGGUCCAAAGGGAUUUAUUGGAGAUAAAGAAAAAGCGAAGCCAUGUCACAAAGGAGGCGUGUGUCAUAGGACUGCGUGCAAAAGGAAACAAUGUCGAAAGUAUGCAGCUAUGAAAAGAAAAAAGAAUGUAAUCAGAAAAAAACGAUUACAUUCAUAUUUGCCGUACACAACGCUAGGCGUGUCAGAAGCGAAACCAACAUCCAGGGGCACUCAGAAGCAUCUUGGAAACAACGAUUCCUUGUGCGGAUUCGAUGACAUACCAAAACCUGAGCAGAUCAAAUUACCAGCAAAUCUUAAAAAAGGAAUGUUCGAAACGCAUUCUUUGACGGUUUUACCUUGUUCAAAAGAGAAAAAAACGGAAAUUCACUACGGCAUACUAACUGGUUCCUUCAAUAUGUAUGAUACUAAAUUCGGUGGACGAUCUAGAGGUAGACAAGCGAUUACAAUGAGCGUAAUGGCCUACUGCUUGGCUUUUCAUUAUCAUCCAAAACAAUGGACCAUGAAGCUUGUGGAUAAUUUAGUUAAUGCCGGAGAUCAAUGGUACAUUCAAUGCUUAGAAAAGGUUCAUGAUCAUUCUGCUGUGCAAGGAAUGUGCGAAGUUUUGCAGUUCGGUAAGAAACAAACGCUUCUGCUAAACGGGAGAAGAAUGCAAGUUUUGCUCGGCGAACCUGAAAUUGUGGGGUACACGAUGUCGUUAGACCCUACUGUUUAUAAUUUAUGUAGAGGAUUGAAAGUGUUUUUCAAAGAAAACCGUGCGGGCCUAUUACUAUCGAGGGUGUUGAAAGUUGUCGUCUGGAAAGAUAAAGUAUGCUAUUACAUAUUUGAUCCUGCUGGUAGAGAUUCGCGAGCGUUCUCGAACUUCGCUAAUGGAGCUGCUGCUCUUAUAAAUGUGAAAAAUUUGGAAGCAGUAGCUGAAGUUCUUUUAUCUCGUAGUGUACUAGACGACCAAAAGUACGUUUUGGCACCAGUUAAAGUUUUGAGAAUGGUUGAUGAAACCUGUGAUGAAGAUUUUGAAUCUGAUAAAGAACUUACUCAAACCGAAAAAGCUGUGAUGGGAUAUAGAAUACUUAAUGAGAAUUGUGCUAUUGUUAACGCUACGAUGCACUUGGGCGAUCGGUGUUUUGAAGACGCUAAGUUUCGCCAAGCAAUGCCGAUAGCUAUUAUAGCAAUGACCUACGCCAAAAUUUCACCUCCGAAUACAUGGUUUACGAAAACAUUGGACAAGAUUUUACGAUUAGGCAGCAAAUUAUACGUCGACUGUGCGCAUCCGAAAACUUUAGUUGAUUUAACAAUUGACAAUAUACCGAAUGUAAUUAAUGUCGGACCGUAUGCGUGUGAAAUCAUUAUAUACAGAGAAAGAAUUAAGGGCCAAUUAUUCACUACGAAAGAAUGUUUAUUUAACAUCAAAACCGGUUUAGAAGAUUUCUUCACUCAUGAAUAUAAUAGUGGAAUACUAGAAUUCAACAGUUAUUGGCUGGGUGUUUGGAGGCAAAAAGAUAUGUUUUACUUAUUCGAUCCGUAUCCGAGAACUAACGAUGGUCUGCGGUCCGUUAAUAUUGGACGGGCUUGUUGUUGGAUGCUUCUAAACACGGACACUAUGGCGGAUGUUUUCACAAAAAACUGGAAUUAUUUACCGGUUACAACUCAAUUUUUUAUUCAUGCAUUUAAAGUACUAAAAUUAAAGAAAACAGAACCUAAGGCGCUACUACUUUGUACUUUAAGCGAUGAACAAUUACCGGGAACAAAAGUUAAAAGGAAGGUUUUACCGGUGAGUCAGGCGCACGGUGACGGUAGAGAAAUAAUACAUGAUGUUCUUCCACUAGAAGAAUACGAUGAGAAGGUUCCUGGAAUACAAGCUAUCGACGAGGAACGAAUGGGUGACAUUAUUUCUCUAGUUGAUAGUAUCCAAGAAGACUAUGUACCACCAAUACCCUUAAAGUACAAAAAUAAGGAACCAGAACCACUAGAAGCGAAAAUUGCGAAUUUGGACUCCCCUACGGUAUCAGUGACGCAAGUGGUGCCGAUGUGGCCGAAACCACGGGACAAAACGAACGAGCCGCCGGAACCAGACCCAGACCCCGAGCCCACGCCGCCGCCCACACCGCCUCAACUACCUCCUCCCGAAGGUGGGAUCGAAGAGGAAGAAGAGUUAGGAGAAGAAGAGGAAGACGAAGAAACAAUGAAAAGAAAGAAGGAGGAACAAGAAAGGAAAAAAGCAGAAGAGGAGGAGGCUCGACGUAAAGCUGAGGAACUACCGCCCCCGCUGCCGCCACCGCCACCCUCUCCGCAGCCAGAGCCUGAAGUGCCGCUGGCUCCAGCGGAAGUGACCGAAGAUGAAGUACAAACAAUGGAACCGGUCAAUGUGGAACGUCAAGUGUUACUGACUGAAGAUGCUCGCUAUCGUUUUAAACUUAGACAAUUGCGAAAGCAGAUGACCACUCCGCUUGCCGAAAGCCAAAUAGAAACAACACCAUCCGAAGAAUUUGAAAAACCCAGUAAUUUUAAACAGCUACCCGAUAACACGCAGAUUGUGAGAGGCUCUGCGGCAAUCACUGAACCAGAUGCGAUAGACAUACUCCCGUUUGCCGCUAUAAUGGCUAUCGUGACAUCGUAUAAAUACUCAAUAAAUUCUUGGACUAGUGGGAUCGUUAAUUUCGUUGUGGAAACAGCCAAAAGACUAUAUCAAAACAAACAGGAAAAAUUUCAGCUCGCUCCCAUACAUAUAAUUCCGAAAAUUGGCAUAGGUCAUCAGGCCUAUCAUGCUAACAUAGACGUAGUCGGAGAGGGACCGACAUGGCAACUUGAAGAUGUUUUAACAAGAAAAUUCUUUUCUAAAUACGAUCGUGGCAUGAUCACGACUACAUCUUACAGCUGUGCUUUUUUCGUUAGAAAUCAGGUGUACUAUUUAUUCGACGGCAGUCCUUGCAACGCAAUGGGCUUGAGAGACGAAAAUAACAAAGGGAAAGCCUGUAUUUUACGCUUUCGCACUCUGCACCAUCUUGUGUGCAGAAUAAUUUUCAAUAAGGAUGGAAAGAAAGAGGACCAGCAGUUUAUAUUGAGCCGAAUCUUGGUGAGGAGGCUUUUGACCGAACCGCGCGUAAAACUUCCCGAAGAUUACGACUAUUCUACUGGAUUGCCCAAAUCUAAAAAGUCGAGGCCAUCAAUAAUUUCAUCUGGCAAAGAAACUGACAAGAGAAGUUCCGUUGCACUCGCAGAACGCAAGAGUCAACAGUCAGUAGGUUACCAGCUUAUAAAUGGUAUGUACAGAAUAGAAGGUACGACUGCACUGCAGGACCGAAAGCCUAGUUCAGAUGUUAAAUCGUGCCACUUCGUUAGUUUAAUAGCAAUGUUAAUGGCAACCAUGCAUCCUAUUCGUACAUGGGACCAUGUUAUGGUAGACACCUGUCUUGAAAAAGGUCUUGAAAUAUACGAAAAAGCGACUAAUCUUGGUGUUUGUGAAAAACGCGUAAUCAGAAACAUUAUAGUGGAUGGUAAAUUUAUUAAUAUAAAUAUAAAAAAGAUAAUAGUUAUUAAUGAAAAUCCAGAGAAAAAGUUAGAGCAAUACUUGAAAGCGGUCUUGAGACGACUUCGGUACGUUAUUGUUAGAUUUCCGCAAUGUAGUAUAGUAGUAUGUCAAACAGAAGGAUAUUUUCAUCUUUUUGAUCCCUAUUCGCCUCCAAGUGACGAUCCGGCUGUGAAGGAAACCGAUUCUGUUCAAGAGGAUAAGAAGAAACCCGGUCCUGUGGCAUCGUGGACUUUAUAUCGAACUAUGGAUGCAUUGAUACGCCGAAUUAAGAAAUCAUCAUUCGGAAAGGCAAUCGAUACACCUGAAUUUUAUACCUUUGAAUUGACGUCAGUUAAAACUGCCCCACGGCAUUCAGCCCUAAACUAUAGACUUAGCCCAUUAUUCAAACCUGACAACAAUCCAAAUUUACCGUAUCUUAAACGUAGGAAGAAUCGGCCAUUGGUUGACGAGAAAAUGUAUUGGUUGAAUAUUGAAAUGCUACCAUGGUCUAGAAUGAACUCUCUUAACGAUUUAGGGUUUGAACGGAAAACUCCCAAGACCAUGUGGAAAGAUUGGGACAUAGAAUUUCCUGGUGAUUUGUAUUCGUUGUGGGGAACACUUCAUCUUAUGGAUACGAAAUUCGACGAAGACCAUAGAGGAAAACAGUACCUCGCGACGUGUGUUAUAGCACUCGUCAUGGUUCAAGCUUGCAACAUAAGUGCCUGGACUAGUAACUUUCUCGAUGGAAUUGUAGAGAUUGGAGAUAAAUAUCACAAAAGUUGUUUAAAUAAAAUCGGAAAUAAACCCAAUUAUGAAUUGAACGUAAACGAUUUGGAUAGUAAAUUCGAGGAUAUGUUUCCAUAUUCAUUUUCCGUUAAAUUUGAAAAUAUCAUAUUCGGAUUUUUCUAUAAUUUAUUACCGGAUCGUUUUAAUUUGAGCAAAGCAUUGGUUUAUUUCUUUGAGAAAAGCAAUCAGGGGUUACUAAUCAGUCCAGCAAAAAAUUUAGCUUUUGGCAAGAGUGGAAAUUCUUAUUUUAUGUUUGACUGUCAAAGCUACGGAGCACCCGUUUUCUGUCCGGGUAGAGGAGCAGCAUACAUUUUGAAAUGUGAGAGCCUUAACAGACUUAUAUACUGCAUAACGAUGACUCUAAAUAUAAGAAGGCACGGUCAACAAUUUCAUUUGUUUAGCGUCUCCAUAUCACUUUCUGAGAAAACAAAAUAAACGUUUAUUUUGCAUGUAUCUA